CAUGCGCACGUCCACACACACGUUCCUAUUUCACGUGGGAGAAAGUGAAGAAAGGGAGAGGGAAAGAGAGAGAAGGGAGAGAUUCCAGGUCUCUCUCUGCUGCUCUCUCCACUUUGGGUACUUGUACCCAGUCUGGCUCAAUGGGGUUUUAGCACUAAGGGGUUAAACGUAAAAAUAAAAUAUAUCUAUUAACCCCGUACCCCUUUAGGUUUGAUGCAUUUACACAGAUAUAGGUAACGCACCAAGGAAAGUCUUCGGGAGAGAGGGAACGACGUCUCCAGAGGCGUGCCUUUUUUGUCUGCUGCCUCGCAGAGGGUUCAGUCAGGCUCCCCUUGUCGGCUGGAUUUCUGUGAGAGGAUUUCCACCUUACCCCAGAGUCACAGUUCAUCCAGGCUGGCAUUUUACUGCAACACUAUGGAUAUAAGAGAUUGUCCUUUCCGGAAAAAGCGAAGGCCGUGGCGCACGAACUUCUCAUCCUUUGCCUUGAUCACCGUGGCGCUCGUUUUGUUCCAAACAACUGUAGUUUUGGCAGAUCCAGUGGAUUUGCUGAAAGUUCUGCAGGUUCCCACUCUCCCCGAGGGUGUGAAGAAAGUCCCUGGUUUCUGCACGUCUCGCCGCUCUAGUAGUCCUGAUCAUGCAUAUCGCAUCACCAAGAAGGCACAGAUUUCUGCCCCCACCAAUCAGCUCUUUUCAGGGCGUUUCCCAGAGAACUUCUCUAUCAUGGCUCUUGUCAAAGCCCAGGCUGGUGUCCAAGCCUUCCUCCUCUCCAUCUACAGUGAAAACGGCAUUCAGCAGCUGGGGAUCGAACUGGGACGUUCACCUGUUUUCCUCUACGAGGAUCAGAAUGGCAAGCCAGCUCCUGAGGACUACCCGCUUUUCAGAGGGGUCAACCUGGCUGAUGGCAAGUGGCAUCGCAUCGCCUUCUCUGUUUCCAAGAAAAACGUGACACUGCUGUUGGACUGCAAGAAGACGAUGACCCGUCCUCUGCCCCGCAGCAAUAAUGCUGAGAUUGACACUAAUGGCAUCACAGUGUUUGGUACUCGCCUACUUGAUACAGAAGUUUUCCAGGGAGACAUCCAACAACUGUUGAUUGCCUCCAACCCUCAAGCUGCCUAUGAUUUCUGUGAACAUUACAGCCCAGACUGUGACUCCCCUCUGCCUAAAACCCAGGCUCAAGACCCCAACACAUAUAAAAAAGCUCCCAGUGGGAAAACUGCCUCCACAAAAUCUCCUCUGAUAAAACCCAAACCCACACCAGCUAAAGCUAAAAAGACUGGACCAUACAAACUUGUGGUUAAACCCCCUUUGCCUACUAAAGCAUCCAAGUCAACCAAAACAAAGCCCACUGCUGCCAAUGCAUUUUUGUCUAAGAUCAAACCAACAUCAGCACCUAAAUCUAAACCUACAAGUGUAGGUAUUGGUAAUAAAGUAGCUCAAAAUAAACCAAACAAUGCAGCAAAGGCCAAUGGCAAUGGAAAGGAAAGUUUAGCAAAACCAAAUAGCAAUGGCAAGGAUGGAACCAAACCCACAGUUCCAUCCAAGGUGAAUGGCAAUGGUAAAGGCAAGAUUGUAAUUGAAAAAAAAGUCAAUGGAAAGUCCUCAGCUGAGAAGAAAGCCAAUAGCAAUGGAAAAGCUGCUGUUGUGUCAAAGGGGAAAGCAAAUGGAAAAGCUGAAAACAAAAACAGCAAUGAGGCUAAGGCCAAUGGCAAUAACAAACACACUUCUUUGUCUGGAAAAAAAAAUGUUAAAGUAGCUGCAGGUCAGGCAAAACUUGAAACCACUACAAAACCAGUAACUGUAAAAGCUUCGAAAACAAAUAAAUUGGAACCAACAAAGCCUACAAAGAUUUUAAAACCUCAGCCUACAAAAGUUGCAAAAAUUAAAUCUGUCAAAACUCCUGUGAAAGCUGAGGUCAAAGCCUCCACAAAAGUUAAAACAUUUCCUCCUCAAGUAUCAAAAAAAGCAGUGGUCAAAAAGAUUGCUCCGACACAAGUAGCUUCAACACCCAACCCCCGACCCACUCCACCCAGAUCCACAAAACCCAAGGUGACUGCGGACAGUAAUGUCAAAUCCCAGCACAGAGCUUUCCCACCAUUCGACCUGACUUUCCUGAGUGGAACUACAGUCCCAGAGAAGAAUGCCAUCAUCGGUGUUCAACAGCCCCAGGUGGAACCAGCGUUGGUGGGGGAAGAGGUAGAUGCCACCAAGGCAGGCGGUGUGGGUGGAGACAUCUUCAAUGAGGAGUAUGUGACUGGGGAUGUGGGCCUUAAGGAAUACGACUAUUCCUACAAGGACUACAGUGAUCCACUUCCAGAGACUGGAAACAUUGAUGCCUACAUGGGCCCUGCCUUGUCCGCUGUGACAGACGAGGGAGGCGCCUCUGUUCGAAGUCAAAAGGGAGAGAAAGGAGAGCCUGCUGUUCUAGAACCUGGAAUGCUAAUUGAUGGACCUCCAGGGCCUGAAGGACCUGCUGGUCCUAGUGGACCACCUGGGUCCUCUGGACCUCCUGGUUCUGUUGGAGACCCUGGAGAGAGGGGUCCUCCUGGAAGACCUGGUUUGCCGGGAGCUGAUGGAGUUCCUGGGCCUCCUGGAACAUCAGUCAUGCUGCCUUUCCGCUUUGGUCAGAGUGGAGGAGAUAAGGGUCCUGUUGUGUCUGCUCAGGAGGCUCAGGCAGCAGCUAUCUUGUCUCAGGCUAGGAUGGCUCUGAAAGGACCUCCUGGACCAAUGGGAUUCACCGGACGCUCUGGACCUCUAGGAAGUCCAGGAAGUCCAGGUUUGAAAGGAGAGGGUGGAGAUCCUGGUCCACAGGGUCCAAGAGGACCACAGGGUGUGAUGGGUCCUCCAGGCAAAUCAGGAAGAAGAGGUCGUGCUGGUGCUGAUGGUGCAAGAGGAAUGCCAGGAGAGCCUGGAACAAAGGGUGACCGUGGCUUUGAUGGUCUUCCUGGUUUGCCUGGAGACAAAGGACACAGAGGAGAUACAGGACCACUGGGACCACCAGGAUCUCAAGGAGAGGAUGGAGAGAGGGGAGAUGAUGGGGAUGUUGGACCCAGAGGACUCCCAGGUGAACCCGGACCUCGUGGUUUGCUUGGACCAAAAGGUCCACCUGGAAUCGCUGGACCUCCUGGUGUACGAGGAAAUGAUGGACCUCAUGGUCCUAAGGGAAAUUUGGGUCCUCAAGGAGAGCCAGGACCCCCAGGGAUGCAAGGAACUCCCGGAACUCAGGGAAUGCCUGGACCUCAGGGAGCUCUUGGACCCCCUGGAGAGAAAGGUCCCACUGGAAAACCAGGUUUGCCGGGAAUGCCUGGAGCUGAUGGCCCACCCGGUCACCCAGGAAAGGAAGGGCCUUCAGGCACCAAAGGGAACCAGGGUCCCAAUGGUCCUCAGGGAGCUAUUGGUUAUCCUGGCCCUCGAGGCAUCAAGGGAGCUCAAGGAAUCCGGGGGCUAAAAGGCCACAAGGGAGAGAAGGGAGAAGAUGGUUUCCCAGGAAUUAAAGGAGAUUUUGGAGUCAAAGGAGAACGGGGUGAGGCUGGCUUACCAGGACCAAGAGGGGAGGACGGUCCAGAGGGACCCAAGGGCCGUCUUGGACCGCCCGGUGAGAUUGGACCGUUAGGAACUGUUGGAGAGAAGGGUAAACUUGGUGUUCCUGGACUUCCUGGAUAUCCUGGAAGACAAGGACCAAAGGGGUCACUUGGUUUUCCUGGUUUCCCGGGAUCAAACGGCGAGAAGGGAACAAGGGGUGUUUCUGGUAAACAAGGACCAAGAGGACAAAGAGGGCCGACGGGGCCCAGAGGGCAGAGAGGACCAAGGGGAGCCACUGGAAAACCAGGAGCCAAGGGAACGUCCGGCAGUGAUGGCCCCCCUGGUCCUCCUGGAGAAAGGGGAUUGCCUGGGCUUCAGGGAGCCAACGGUUUCCCGGGACCAAAAGGACCUCCUGGACCUCCAGGAAAGGAUGGACUUCCUGGACAUCCUGGGCAAAGAGGAGAAGUUGGUUUCCAAGGUAAAACGGGGCCACCUGGGCCUCCUGGAGUUGUUGGACCUCAGGGGCCAUCAGGAGAGACAGGCCCAAUGGGUGAGCGUGGCCAUCCAGGACCCCCAGGUCCACCAGGUGAGCAGGGACUUUCUGGUCCCUCGGGAAAGGAAGGCACCAAGGGGGAUCCUGGACCCCCAGGAGGACCUGGAAAAGAUGGGCCUCCAGGGCUGAGAGGCUUUCCUGGAGAGAGAGGACUGCCUGGAACCCCUGGUGGAGGAGGACUAAAAGGAAGUGAAGGCCCUGCCGGACCUCCUGGACCUGCUGGUUCUCCUGGUGAGAGGGGACAAGCUGGACCUGGUGGACCAGUCGGAGCUCCUGGAAGACCUGGUCCUCAGGGGCCACCUGGACCAGCUGGAGAGAAAGGAGUUCCAGGAGAAAAAGGCCCUAUUGGCCCUGCAGGUCGGGAUGGACUACAGGGGCCAGUGGGUCUGCCUGGCCCUGCUGGACCACCUGGAGUACCUGGAGAAGAUGGAGAUAAGGGUGAGGUUGGAGAGCACGGUCAGAAAGGAGCCAAAGGAGGAAAAGGAGAACAUGGUCCGCCUGGUCCACCUGGACCUGGAGGUCCUGUUGGUCAACCUGGUCCUGCUGGGGCUGAUGGAGAGCUUGGACCAAGGGGGCAGCAGGGGGCUUUUGGAGCUAAAGGUGACGAAGGGACUCGAGGAUUCCCAGGUGCCCCAGGACCUAUUGGGCUUCAGGGACUUCCAGGACCCCCGGGCGAGAAGGGAGAGACAGGAGAUGUUGGACCUCUUGGACCUCCUGGCCCUCCAGGACCUCGUGGCCCUGCUGGACCUAACGGAGCUGAUGGCCCUCAAGGUCCUCCUGGUGGUUUGGGUAAUCCUGGACCUCUUGGAGAGAAGGGAGAACCUGGUGAGUCCGGUCCACCUGGAGUAGUAGGAGAGCCUGGAAAGAAGGGUCCUCGUGGAGAACGUGGGGAGAAGGGAGAGGCCGGACAACCUGGAACCCCGGGACCUGCUGGAGGACGAGGACGUCCUGGAGACGAUGGACCCAAAGGAAACCCAGGUCCUGUUGGUUUCCCUGGAGAUCCUGGACCAACUGGUGAGGUUGGACCCAGAGGUCAGGAUGGUGCCAAAGGAGAAAGAGGAGAAGAUGGGGAACAAGGAGAAGCUGGCUCCCCAGGACCUCCAGGCGAAAAUGGACCACCCGGUCCUCUUGGAAAGAGGGGUCCUGCUGGAACGAGAGGACCGGAGGGGCGUCAAGGAGAGAAAGGAACUAAAGGAGAUCCAGGUGCAGUGGGGCCUCCUGGAAAGACCGGUCCUGUUGGUCCUCAGGGUCAACCAGGAAAACCUGGAACAGAAGGUCUCAGAGGACUCCCAGGAUCAGUAGGUGAACAAGGAUCUCCAGGACCUGCUGGGCAGAAAGGACCACCUGGACCUGUGGGGCCCAUUGGCUUGCCUGGUCUGCAUGGAGAUCCCGGUGCCAAAGGAGAGAAGGGACACCAGGGUCUUAUUGGUCUGAUUGGAGCCCCAGGAGAACAGGGGGAGAAGGGAGACAGAGGUCUGCCUGGACCCCAGGGAUCCACUGGAGCUAAGGGAGAGCCUGGAAUGCCUGGAGGAACUGGACCUCUGGGUCCAAGUGGGCCACCUGGUCUUCCUGGUACUCAAGGUGUCAAAGGAGCAAAGGGGGCCACUGGAGGAGCAGGUCCAAAGGGAGAGAAAGGUGUUCAGGGACCUCCUGGACCUCCAGGCCCACCAGGCGAGGUCAUUCAGCCACUGCCAAUCCUGAGGAGUCCCAAAUCCAAACGCUCCAUCGAUGCCAGCCAGGUGCUGCCUGAGUUUGACCCCGACAUGCCUGCAUCUGACGCUGCUGGCACAGAGUUCACAGUUGGCAAUGAAGGCAUGGAGGAGAUCUUCGGCUCUCUUGACUCACUUCGACAAGAGUUGGAGAGCAUCCGUUUCCCUCUGGGCACUCAGGACAGCCCAGCCCGCACCUGCCAAGACCUGCACCUCAGCCAGCCAGACCUCAAAGACGGAGAGUACUGGAUUGAUCCAAACCAGGGCUGCUCCAGAGACUCCUUUAAGGUCUUCUGUAAUUUCACAAAAGGAGAGACAUGCCUCUAUCCCAGCAAAGGCGUCAACUCGGUGAAGAUGAGCUCCUGGGACACGGAGACUCCAGGCUCGUGGUUCAGCCAGUUUGUCACAGGAAGUAAAGUAAGUCGAGAUUUGUGUGAACGGACAUUCCGGGCUGUUCCAUUGUUUUCUCCUCCAUGUAAAAUGACUCCUUCUUUUCUUUUUUCUUCUUCUUCCCAGUUUUCCUACGUAGAUGCCAGUGGUGAGCCCGUAGGCGUGGUCCAGCUGGGUUUCCUCCGCCUCCUGAGCAUCCAGGCCCGACAGAACCUCACCUACCACUGCCACCGCUCUGUGGCCUGGGCUGACCGCAGCGCCAAAAACAACCACAAGAGAGCACUGCACUUCCGCGGCGCCAACGAUGAAGAGCUGAGCUAUGAGACCAACCCUUAUAUCAAAGCUUUGAAGGAUGGCUGCUCUUACCGUAAAGGCUUUGACAGGACGAUCCUGGAGAUCAACACGCCGCAGGUGGAGCAUCUUCCUCUGCUGGACAUCAAGGUGUCAGACUUUGGGGAGAGCAACCAGCAGUUUGGCUUCGAAGUGGGACCUGUCUGUUUCCAAGGAUAAAAACAAGCACACACCACGCAGAGAACAACACAUGCAAAUCCUCACACACACGCAUGCACUUAGAGAGACACUACUAUGAUAAACCUACAUGCCCAGUAAUUUGUAAAUUAACUUGUAAAUGAUAUAAAAGCCACAUACCCACACAAACACACACACUUGUGUACGAGGAAGCUGUUGUGAGACAAACACACUCGCUCUCGUGCGCAGCUGGGGACAGCGACAUCCCCCAGCAAGUAAAGGACGACCAAAAAAGGAAAGAGGAGAAAAGAAAGAAAAACUUGUGAAGAGGAGGAAACAUCAACUGGGAGCAUGACUGUGAGGAAGAACCAGGAGGGAGGCAGCAACAAGCAGCCGACCUGAGAUGAAGAGCAAGCCGGCAGCAUGAGGCCUGACACCCCCGACUCCAGUCCCCCCUUUCACUCCUCUCUUCUCCCCGCUGACGCUCUUUUCAUUCCCACUCAUCCUUUCUGCCCUCCAUCCCCACAAAAAGGGUCACACUCUGACAUUGUUUCGACGUUCUUCUGCCAGACGAUGAAUCCUUCCAGCUGUUCCUUCCUUUAGACGUCAUAAAGUCUCAAACCAAAAUCUGAAGUAAGCUAAAGUAUGUGAAUACUCGGAUGUUUAGCCGUCAUGCUGCUCACAGUUAUGCUCAGUUUACAGACUUUUUUUUGAUCCAAAGAACCAAAGAAAAAUCUCCAGCAGUUUCCACUCAGAAAACACAAUAUGAGACCAGCAGGUUUGUGUCGAUUUGACUGGUCUCCUCUGCUUCUUUCAAACUCUUCUUGUAUCUUCACCACCUUAGAUCUCUAUGAAUAAUGUCUAAAAAUGUGACUCACAAGACAAACUGAUGACAGAUUUUGAUGGUGCUUCUUGAACACGCAUUCCUCUCUCAACUCUGAAAGCAGCAGAAAUAUCAGAACUGCUCGUUUUUUGAACAAACUGAUUCGAUUGAAAUCAGGAAAACGCAGGUGAGUGACUGAUCAGGGAUGGCCUCAAUCGCUGAUUAGGAAACCUGAGCAGCCUCCUCUCACCACUGCAGUAUUUGCUGAGUCACUUUUUGGAUAUUUCAAAUCUGUUUUUUUUUUUUUUUGCAGUCAAUAAAAAUUUUUCUUAAGUGAAACUGUGUGGCAUGGUGCUAAUUAUACAGAAACCCUCCAUUUCCUUUAGUCUCUUUACAUUUUCUCAAAGCCUUUUAUGAGGGAAAUGUGCAUUACAUUCCAUUUGUACAGAAAUAGUGUUAUUCUAUUGUAUUUAUUUAAAACAAACAGGGUUCUCUGAGAUUAAAAUAACAAAGAACGUUGAAUAUCUCAGUAAAAUGUGGUGUUUUUCAGUUCUAUUUAUUUGCUGCGGCUCAGCUGAAGCGAGUGAAGCAUAUGUUCUGAACUUACAGCCGUCCUGAGUUGUGAUGUUUGUGUUCACUCCCCGUCCAAACUCCUUUUUAUACCACCAAAGAAAAUCUGUGGCCGUGUCUUAUUGUAAUAACCCUUUAUAGUGUUUUCAUCACCUGUACUGUACUGUUACAUUUUGCUUCUAAUGUAAUGAUUAAAUGGUGGCUCUCCAGUUCUGUCACACUUCUGUGUCUUUGCUGCUGUUUUUCUCUUCAUGUGCGGCUUAACAGUUUGAGACUAAACGUUAUUAUCAUCUGACCUUCUGUUUCUGUCUGGAGCACAGCGGCUGAGAAGAGACUUGUGAAAGGGAGGAAACAAAUACUGUCAGUCAGAAAGUAAAUAAUGAAAUUAGAGGGGUGGAUUUCAUACUCGGGUUCUGGUUUGGGCUUUUUUUUUUUUUUUUGUUUGUUUGUUUGUUUGCUUUUUUCUUUUUGUUUUUUUUAUAGCAACAAAACAGGGAAAAAUGCCCCAAUCCCAAAAAAAGACAAUUUUAGAAGAAGAUGACCUCAACUAUUUGCUGUCAUUGUGUUGACAAUGUUCCAACAAAAUAAUAAUAUGGUGCUGAAAAAAGAUGCGAUGAUAUUUUAUUAUGUCUGUAAGUAAUUUUUAAAGAAAUUCGUGUUUCUGUAAUAUAUAAUCUUUUUAAAAAGAG